UUGAAAUAGGGAGCACUGGCCCUUUAAGAGCCUUUUAACAGCAUCCAGUCAGUCAGUCAUACACACUGACUGCAGUCGUCUGCAGAGAUCCUGUCUGUCGCUUUUUCUAUUUACACAACCAGCACGGAAUGCGGGCGAAUAACUCUUGUCGACUCACAACCGGGUGGAGAUAAGAGGGCGUAAACGCGAAUAAAACCGACAGAGGGGAAAAUCAAGCUGAGGGCGAGAGAAGGCCGAACCCACGGAGAAACCAUAAAACCGUCCGGUAGCGACAGACCUUCACCUUCCGCGGAGAGUUGCUUUUUUCCAAGCUGGUGACUGCCUGGACUCAACGCCCCAUGAUGCACAGCGUUUGUGCUGGGACCACGCACACUUUUAGCAUGUAGAGGAAUUUGCAUCGUCAGCAUGUCCUCACAACCUCAGCCAAUGCCUCAGGGUCGGAGGGCUGUGGAUAUCGACCUUCCCAGUCCAGCCACGCUUCCUCUGCAGCUGAGAACCCAAACGGAUGUUAGUGGACUGGUGGAGUACCACCCCGUUGCUCUGGACUACAGUUCCCAUCUGUCUCACGCAUCCCUGGCCCACCGCCGCAGACCGUCCCUUCUGUCUGAAUUUCAGCAAGCCAAUGAAAGAGGUCAAGAGCCCCACAUCCGUUAUGAGCACAUUUACCUGCACGAGCACAGCAGCCAUUCGGAGGUGGAUUACUCUGAAAUGAAGAGGCCUCGCUUGGAUAUCGGGGCGGAGUCUCUUAUUUGUCAUCAGACUCAUCGUCAUGCUCUCAAUGUGGCUGGAGCUGAGGAAAUGGCAAAGGAGCACAGCAGCAGCAGUUCCAUUGGAAAAAUCAAGCCCAUCUCUCCCGUGAGCCCAGGACCCAUGGAGCCCGAUCUGGACCUGGUUAACACCGGUCUCUCCAAAGAAGAGCUGAUCCAGAACAUGGACCGUGUGGACCGGGAAAUCACCAUGGUGGAGCAGCAGAUCUGUAAACUGCGUAAAAAACGGCAACAGCUAGAGGAAGAGGCUGCGAAACCCCAGGAACCGGAGCGUAACAUCUCCCCUCCACCCAGUGAAGCCAAACACCGCAGUCUGGUCCAGAUCAUCUAUGAUGAAAACAGGACACGUGUGCCGGCUCCAGGAUCCAUACAGGCUCAGCCAGGUCAAACUGCCCAGGUGACGCUGACCAAAGCAGCUCCCGUAGUCUGUGUUCCUGCCAUGGUGUCGUCCUCUGGGGUCACAACCCUUCCCGUUACCGUAGCUGGCAUUAGCGUUGCCAUCGGUCAGGCUCAGAAAGCAGGUGGUCAACCACCCGUUCCAGGUUCCAAAUGUUCAGCAGCUAUUACUCAGACAGAAGCAGCAGAGCCCCGGCCUGCAAUAAACUGUUGUGGUGACCCCUGCAUCUGAGUCUCCUGUAGAGCAGGCGGCCUCUCCUCAAAGGAAACACCCGCACCGGGGCAGCCAUGCGUUCAAAGACCCCUGCCAAACCUAGGGGUGGCAGCUAAGAAGACGGACGUAUGCGGGCACAACAAAUAACAUCCGUUUGCUGUUUGUAAAGACUGUGGUCCUCAACCAUAGAUGUUCCAGUAGGAGGGGCACCAACUGUAACAGACAACAGUUGAAGUACAUGUGACUGGCUUGUACUGUAAGGCCAGCCGUGCUAUUUCGACACGUUUUUAACCCCUCUGUACGUGUCAACUGUCCAGAAGCAAGAUAGUUCACACUGAAUUCAUGUUUAAGACACUCAGUAUAUGAUGGCUCAUUUUGUACGGAGUUAUGAAACGCUUGCUGUUGUUUUUCUACCACGCUAUAAUGUAUAGUUCAUGGAUGAAGUGAGCUCGGAACGUAGUCCUGAGCCCAGAUCUGGCCCAAACACUGUGUACCGAAUAGAACUAAUGGGAUCUGGCCCUCAAACACCUUCUAAUGAAGACGAAGAAUAAGUGAGAGCCACAUCUUGCCCACACAACAUAAACACAGUACAACAAAUGGAUACUCUAUAACUGAUAGAAAUGAUCAGUGUGGCCUUGAUUUGGCCCAGAAACAAAUAAAUGCCCAUGGCCCAGAUUUGGCUCAUUGUUUAUUGUAAAGGAGAAAUUGGAGCUACAGUACCAUAUUGUCUUUUUUUAUCAUAAAAAAGCUGGGAUAAUCAAACAAACAAAUUAAACAAUAUAAAUUAACUA